GUGAGAAUAUUUAUAGAAGUUCAUGUAUUUUUUUAUUGACGGAGAUACUGUUAGAGGGAGCACAGGUUUAUGAGCAGAUACAGAAACAGGAGAGUGGGUUUCAACCCAUGAUUAUAUUGGCUGCCCUACUAAACUGUCCAACAGUACUUUCAGUUUAAAUCAAGUCAGCGAUGAAUGUAAUUCAGAGAGUAGUCAGAAAUCCGAACAUUUGAGUCUCCCUUUUACUGGGCCAUAUGCCACAAGCCUCAAUGCUGACCAAAGGAGGACGUGUUUCAUUUUGGAGUUAAAUGGUUGUGGAUUCAAUUUACUACAUAGGUGUGAUAGUAACUGUUACAGACCAGUUAGAUAAGGAAUGGCCAAAGAAAUGCUCCUUCGCAGAUGCCUUAGUUGUGCAGUGAAAACUUUCAUUAGACAGAAGGUGACAACUAAAGAGAUUCCAACAUUAAAAGUUCCGAUAAAAAUGCUGCGAAACAUCGAGAAAGUAAAACUGAAGAAGGUUAUUUAUGAAGAAAGUCUGAAACAACAACGGAAGGGUGCUCUGCUAAUAACCUGCAAGAAGAAGGAACAUAACUUCCACACGAGGGGAAAAUUUGAUGAGAACAACCCCAAAGCACUGGCAUCGCAUGGAUGGAAGCAUUAUAAAUCGGCCAUGGCCCGAGACUGGUUCACCAUCAAUGCCCUAUCUAGAAACCCAGCCGUGUUAAAAGACGAAGAACUUUGUGGGUUUUCUGACCUGAAGAUUGGUGAAGAAUUAUGUCAAAGGUUGAAGUCGGCAGGAAUAGAGGUGCCCACAGAUGUUCAGAAGCAGACAAUACCAGAGGUGUUACUUGGGAAAAAUGUUCUGUGUGCAGCUCAGACUGGCAGUGGAAAAACUCUUGCCUAUUUGCUUCCCAUCAUGGAGAACCUGUUAUGGCAGAAAACUUCUAAUCCAAACGAGGUCAACAACUGUCCACGAGCUAUCAUACUUGUUCCAUCUCGAGAACUCGUUCACCAACUCAGGGGGGUUGCCGUGGUGUUUGACGAUUUGCUGGUGUUCAGAGCUCUGACCGGAGGUCGGCACACUACAGCGAAAUUGAUGUACACAAAGAAUGAGCCUAUUGAUAUCCUCAUGGCAACCCCAGGAGUGUUUAAGCAGUUUCUGACACAUGGUAAAAUCCGUCACUCCCAGCUGCAACACAUUGUCUUAGAUGAAGCUGACACUUUAUUGGACGAUAGCUUUUUUCCUGAAAUCCGAUUCAUACUAACAAAAAUGCGGAUACAUGGUGGAAAGGCCAUUCAGGACCGAGGAUCAUCUGGUGUUCAGGUAAAUUUGGUCAGUGCCACCAUACCCAGGGACCUGCAAAAUAACAUUGGCUCAUUAUUAUCGAUGGACAGUAUUGCUAAAGUAACAUCUAGAUGCCUUCAUACUGUUUUGCCCCAUAUCACACAAACAUUUAUACGGACAAGAAAAUCGGAUAAACCAGCUGAACUUUUGAGGAUAGCCAGACAAAAUGUGGAAAACAAAGUUCCAACCAUGGUCUUCUGCAAUCACAAUGCUACCAGUUACUUUGUUACGAAAUUCCUGGAAGAAAACAAAAUCCCGAGUACAUUAUUGAAUGCAGAGAUUAACUCACAGUUCAGAGAAGGGAAGUUUGAUGAUUUUCAAAGUGAGAAGUCUGAUGUAAUUGUUUGUACAGAUGUAGCUUCAAGAGGUCUGGACACCAUUAGAGCUCGACAUAUAGUAAACUAUGAUUUUCCCAAUUUUAUAUCGGACUACAUUCAUCGUAGUGGGCGAGUGGGUCGCAUUGGGUCACAUGGUCAUGGGACAGUUACCAGUUUUAUCUCCGAGAAGUGGGAUGUGGAAUUGCUCUGGCAAUUGGAGACAGCAGUUAGAAAACGUCAAACCUUCCACAACGUGAAUGCUAACAUCAAACGGAAGAUAGAGGGAGUGCAAGAGUACUGAAAUUUGGUGAACAGGAGAGCAGAGGUCUUUCUAUGGCGUUGACUAAUGCAAAUAUGUCACAUAUUUUACAGAUGUAUAAAAGCAUUAAAAAAAUAAUUAUUAUC